GGCCUGAAAAUGCUUUCAACAAAAUCAAAUUGGAUAAACAUGCAAAGUAUUAAUAGCCUAUACAUUUAAGUAUUGCUUCGUUACUCACAAACCACCACACAAAAGAAUGGUUUAAGCGUACGGUGUAUGCAUAUGACAUUUAGGAUACGAAUAGAGAAUACAGGUACGAUAUACUACACUGGUAUUACUUGGGAGUAUUACCAUAAACCUAGUGUACUCGUGGCAAACGAAUUAUUUGUACAUAUGUACACGCCCUGAUGUAGUACGAAGUUUAAAACCAGGAAAAUACCCCGGGAAAGUACAGCACUAACUGAUAUCAUGUAAGCGAUAGAAUACUGAAGGACCAAUAAGUACUAGUGGACACUAGUAAAGUUUCGAGAUUCCGUACAGUCUUCCAACAGUAAGUGACUGAUAUUCCGAUCGGUUUGGAUUACUGCGUUAGUGUACAUGUUGCGUCUGUAUAGACUUUGGAGAAUGUGGCCAAGAUCGGUACAGAGGUGGGGCAUGAGGCUUCUCGUUCUCUCUUUGAUAACCACCGUCUACUUCAUUAUUAGUGCCGCGAGAGCAGGGGACCACGAUAGGUCGGAGUAUAUCACCCAAAAACGGGAUGAAAAACUGGAAAAACAUGGAUCUACUGUCAACCCAACACCUAUAAUUGGUAUCACUAGGGAUAUUACAGCGAAGCCUAUUAUUCCCCCGAAGAACACGUCAAAACUUAAAGCAGUAAAUAACCCCAGCCCGUCCAAAAUAGCAGCUUCAGCCCAUCUUCCAACUGCUCCACCUAAACCACAUCUUGGAGAUAUAGAAGGGUUGAUACUAGCCGCCAAUGCGAGUCACGAGGACUGGCCGAAAUAUAGGCACACGUUAACAGGGAUUCAAAACAAAUUGUUUAAAUUCGAAAGACCCCCUGAUGCAAAGUAUAACUUGAAUGCUACAUUAAGUGAUGGUAUUUCAUUAGAUAGGAUGAUCCCCGAUACAAGACCUAAUGAAUGUCUAAAGCUGCAGUAUGAGAUUGAUGAUUUGCCUAGGGCCAGUGUCAUCAUUCCAUUCUAUUUUGAAUCACUCUCCAUGUUAUUACGAACUGUACACAGUAUACUCAAUAGGUCUCCUCCAAAACUUCUGGCGGACAUAAUUCUAGUGGAUGAUGCUAAUGAGGAAGAAUAUCUCCGCGAUCCAUUAUGGGAUUAUCUGAUACAUUUACCAAAAGUGAGAUUAAUCCGCCAUGACGUCAGACAGGGGCUUAUCAGAUCUCGGAUGCAAGGUGCCCGAGCCGCCACUGGUGACGUCAUCAUAUUCCUUGAUUCGCAUACUGAGGCCAAUAACAAUUGGCUGGAGGAAAUUCUUUCCCAGAUUAAAAGAGAUCCUCACGUCGUAGUGCAGCCAUUGGUUGAUGAUAUUGAUGCCCAGACAAUCAAAUAUGGUAUUACAGGCGGCAACAAUAUCGGAAUAAUGAGUUGGGAUCUUAAUUACCGAUGGAUCAAGUUGGGUGAGCACGAGACGAAAAGGUUGAAGUCACCAAUUGACCCUAUCUACACACCUUCACUUGUCGGUUGUGCAAUUGCCGUGCAGAGGGACUAUUUCUUUCACAUUGGAGCUUUCGAUGAAGGAAUGGAUAUCUGGGGUGGAGAGAACAUAGAGUUGUCACUCAGAACUUGGUUGUGUGGCGGAAAAGUGCUGACGCUGCCGUGUUCCAGAGUGGCACAUGCGUUUAAAGAAUUCACCUAUGGAUUCGGUGAACUUGGGAAGGAUACGGUCCUUCAGAAAAAUCUCAUAAGAAUAGCUGAAACAUUUAUGGAUGACCAUAAAAAGUAUUUUUACGCAACGACAAGGACACAUAAAGAGAAAAGGGACGCGAAGUUAAACAAUGCAGAAAUGGCUUCACUAGAGAAAAGAAAAACACUGAGGAAAGAGUUGUCUUGUAAACCUUUUGAAUGGUUUGUAGAUAAUAUCAUUCCAAACCUACCUUUACCGCCCAUGGACGCGGUGUUCUACGGGGAGAUUACUAGUCUAGCGUCUUCCAUGUGCUGGUUUCCCAAACAAGCUAGUGACGGCCUGCUGUAUAUAGCAAUGACAAAUCAGUGUUACUUUCAUAAAAUAAUUCCUGAAAAUUAUUUCAAAAUUACUAAAAGUGGGAGACUAAUGUUUGGAGAACUAUGCGUCGAAGUGAAAAUGCCAUCGCCAUUUUUAGUGCUCAAAAAAUGUAAAUUGGAGGCCGAUAUUUACGAACAGGGCCUGUGGUCGUUGAUGCAGGGCUGGAGUGCGGAAACUGGGAAAGUACAGGUCCAGACAUACAUGGACAAUCAAUUAUACACUUUCUGUAUGGAACAAGUCACCAACAUUUUAGAACCGUAUAAAGGACAACAGAUCCCGCAAGUAGGAAGGUGCCAACAAGAUAAUAGUUUCCAAGAAUGGAGGUUUACUUAUAAGCUCGAUUUUGAAACUCAUACAAAUGGCACUGGAACAAUUUAGCAGAGUGAAAGACGACAGAGUAUAACAUUUUUAUUCGCCUGU